AUGUCUGGCAUUCUCGCAGGAAAGCUCGCCAUCAUCACCGGCGGAUCCCGAGGCAUCGGCGAAGCCAUCGCGCACAACCUGGCUCGCAAGGGCUGUUCGCUCCUCCUCAACUACACGUCGGACUCGUCGCGGGCGCGCACCGAGUCGCUCUGCCAGCAGCUUGCGCGCGAGCACUCAAUCCGGUGUGUGCCAGUGCAGGCAGAUCUGAGUGACCCGGCCCCAGCCAUCGAGCACAUCCUCAGCGUCGCGCGCCACGAAUUCGCCUCCACCUCAUCAUCAUCAUCAUCCUCCUCUAGCACCUCCAACCAGCAGCAACCGCAACCCCUUACAAUCGACAUCCUCAUCAACAACGCAGGCGUAUCGCAGGACCGGUUCCUGAACGACACGGCCAAGGGCGCAAUCGACGCGGAGUACUUCAACUGGCACUACACGAUCAACGUGCUGGCGCCGCUGCUGCUGACGCAGGCGGUGGCGCCGUACCUGCCGCGGCACGCGCCGCGGGCGGGCCGCAUCGUCAACAUCUCGUCGGUCUCGUCGGCGCUGGGCUUCGGCGGCCAGUCCGUCUACGGCGGCACCAAGGCCGCCCUCGAGGCCAUGACCCGCACCUGGGCGCGCGAGCUGGCCGACUUUGCGACUGUCAACGCCGUGAACCCCGGCCCCGUCAUCGGGGAUAUGUAUUUUGCCACGGGUGAGGAGUUCUGGAAGCAGAUGCAGGGGUUUCAGGAUGCUACGCCGCUGAGUAAGAUGCUGGAGGACGAUAAGCAGUUGGAUGCGCUGUCCGAGGAGCAGAAGCGGUUGAUUCGGGAGAAGAUGGGUGGGCGGAGGCCCGGGUUCACUGGGGAGGUGGCAGGUGUCGUGGGGAUGUUGUGCACUGAGGAUGCGGGUUGGUGUACUGGGAGUGUGGUUUGUGCUAAUGGGGGGUUGAAGUUUACGACUUGAUUUUGGGGGGCGGGGAUGUUAAAAUAGAUAGAUUAUA